CAUGGACUCUAACAUCACCCAGCAGGCUAUGAACGAGAUCGAAACGCGGCACACCGAGAUCAUCAAGCUAGAGAACAGCAUCCGUGAGCUGCACGACAUGUUCAUGGACAUGGCCAUGCUGGUGGAGAGCCAGGGGGAGAUGAUUGACCGUAUAGAAUACAACGUGGAGCACGCGGUUGAUUACGUGGAGCGGGCUGUGUCGGACACCAAGAAGGCCGUGAAGUACCAGAGCAAAGCGCGGAGGAAGAAAAUUAUGAUUAUUAUCUGCUGUGUGGUUCUAGGGGUUGUUAUUGCUUCCACUGUCGGGGGGGUGUUGGCCUGAAAAGCUCACCGCUCACAACACACACCAGUGUCCCACAGCAAACCCACACAUACACACACUUGCA